AUGUUUCGAGAGGUGACGGUUUUCGUAACCCUAUACGGGUUAACAGUAGCCUCUCUUCUGGACGGUGAUAUAGACCUGAUAGAUGGAGUGCGUUUAGCGAAGAUACCAGUGACGAACUCUUUGGAAGAUGAAGGAAGAUCUUUUGGGGAGAACUCCCCGUUAUUCAGGAUGGCGAAAUUCUUGGAAGGUCAUGAGUUGCAAGUGAAGUUGCCGAAUUUGAUUGAAAAGGAUCGCGUGACGCAGUUUGUAGCUGAUUCUUUGAAGGUGGUUGAUGAGACUUAUAAGGAGAAUGCUGUGACUGGAAGAGGCAAGGGCGGUGGCGGCGGCGGCGUGGCGCUUCUAGGACUCAUGUUUGCCAAGGCGCUUGGAGCCAUCGGUAUCGGUGGUCUGGGUCUGCUUACUAUGAAGGCUUUAGCUGCAUCAGCUCUCGCCCUAAUGCUGGCAGCCAUUGUAGGAGUCAAGAAACUGGCUUCUCACGACGGUGGCGAAGAUCAUCAGGUCAUAUACGCUGGCCACCAUGGACACCAUAGAAGAAGAAGGGAUAUCACCCCCUUACCUUACCGAGGAUGGAGGCAUUACGAAAAUGCAUCGUGAUUUUUUUAGGAAAAAUGGGAGUGCCUAA